AUGAAGCCACAUCUCUCCCUAGGAAUCGCGCAAGUCGUCUUCUACGCUCCCAUCUUCCCACUAACCAUAUACCUGAUGUACCGCAAUUGGCACCACCGCCCACGCAUGGUAUGGUGGCCUAUGGUUCCGCUGUCGUUGAUGCGAGUAGUAGGCGGCGCCUGCAUCAUCGCCCUCGAACUCGACAGGUCCUUCAACCUCGCCUUAAUCAUCACCACAAUCGUACUGCUGAACGUUGGAGCGAUACCGUUGAUUGUCAACGAGCUCGGUUUCGUUCGGACGAUCCUACAAGACAACUUCUCCCAGGUCCCCAGACUCCACCUCAUGGUCAAACUCCUCCGCAUCGGCUUCAUACCAGCCGGUGGCCUGCUAGCUGCUGGCGGAGGCAUCUCCAGUGACCAGCCAACCCUCGGCCGCACGCUUGCGUUGGCGGGCUAUGUUGUUUUUGCCGCGAUACUGAUCGCGCUCAUCGCGAUGGAGCUGUACUUCUGGACCUUGAGAUCGAGCUUGAUCCCAAGCAGCCGGAAGAUCCUCAUGGGCGGGCUCGCAACGGCUCCGUUCCUGAUUGUGAGGAAUCUAUAUGGGAUUCUGGAGUACGCGCAGCAUGACUGGGCGACUGGUCAUUGGAGUCCUGUGUUUGGGUCAGCUGUUCUGUUCGCGCUCAUGGCACUGUUGAUGGAGUAUGUGGCGAUCUGUAUCUGGCUGUGGGUCGGGUUCACCACACCGCCUAAUAGCGUCGUCUCGCAAGGCGCGCGGAGGGAUGGGGAGAUGAAGUGA